AUGAUUUCUUUAGUACUCAUUAUAGGUCAAUGUUUUUCGCUGAUGCCUGUUCGUGGUGUUGGCCAUUCGAAUCCGCGUCAAGUACGCUUUACAUUCCGAUCCAUACAAGUGAUGAUUACAUUGAUAUUUUUGUUCGCCAGUUCUACGUUUAAUUUUGCAAUGAUAAAACAUUUGGCAAAAAUUGGGAUAGUGAAUUUUGUCUGCACAUUUGUGUGGAAUUACAUGGAUCUUUUCAUAAUGAUGAUAGGCAAAGGCAUCGCAUAUCGAUUCGAGCAAAUGAAGAUGCGCAUACACACGCUGCUCGAUAAGGAGGUGCCUGAAUCGAUUUUUAUGGAAAUACGAGACCACUAUGUUAAAUUAAUUGAAUUACUCGAGUAUGUGGAUGAGGAUUUGUCUGGCAUAAUUUUGCUAUCCAGUGCGAAUAAUUUAUAUUUCGUUUGCUACCAGCUACUGAAUAUCUUCAAUAAAUUACGUUGGCCAAUUAAUUACGUUUACUUUUGGUUUUCGCUACUUUUCCUAAUCGGACGUACGACUUUUGUUUUUCUCACAGCAGCAUCCAUCAAUGACGAAGCAAAAGACGCUUUAAGUGUGCUGAGGCGUAUACCAGCGAAUACUUGGUGUGUCGAGGUGGAACGUCUAAUAUUUCAAAUGUCGACUACAACGGUGGCAUUAUCAGGCAAGAAAUUCUACUUUCUCACAAGGAGGUUGCUGUUCGGGAUGGCAGGCACCAUUGUCACCUACGAGUUGGUUUUGCUGCAAUUCGAUGAACCCAACCGGACGAAAGGACUACCCGAUCUGUGCUCUUAGAGAUUAGAGUAGAUUAGAGUGAAGUGUGAUAUGACAACAAGACAUGGCUAUUAUGAGCUAAAUAAACACACA